GGAAAAUAUAUUUGGAAAAAAUAUUUAUUGUAAAAAAGACAAAUAGUAUUUAAAAGUUAAUAAAAAGUUAAAUAUCUGCUCCGUACCCAGUUAUCUCUUAUCCCUACCAUAAUAUCUAAGGAGCUUCUUCUAGGGCUUCGACGCUUCAGCGGCUGCCGUAUAGUUCCAUUUCAUCACUGACAGGAAUCAUGAAGCCAGUCUUCUGCGGGAACUUCGAGUACGAUGCGCGUGAGAGUGAUCUUGAACGACUCUUCAGGAAAUACGGCAAGGUUGAGAGGGUGGACAUGAAAGCUGGGUUUGCUUUUGUGUACAUGGAAGAUGAAAGGGAUGCUGAAGAAGCAAUCCGAGCGCUUGACCGCAUUGAAUUUGGGCGUAAGGGACGCAGACUUCGUGUUGAGUGGACAAAGAGUGAACGUGGAGCUGAUAGAAGAUCUGGUGGUGGUUCAAGGAGAUCUUCAUCCGGCAUGAGACCUUCCAAGACUCUGUUUGUGAUCAACUUUGACGCGGAUAAUACUAGGACUCGGGAUCUGGAGAGGCACUUUGAGCCAUAUGGCAAAAUUGUAAACGUCAGAAUCAGGAGGAAUUUUGCGUUUAUCCAGUAUGAAGCACAAGAAGAUGCCACACGAGCUUUGGAUGCUACAAAUAACAGCAAGCUGAUGGAUAAGGUGAUCUCGGUGGAGUAUGCCGUGAAGGAUGACGAUGCAAGAGGGAACGGACACAGCCCUGAUAGACGCCGUGACAGGUCACCUGAGAGGAGAAGGCGAUCACCUAGUCCUUACAAAAGAGAAAGAGGGAGCCCUGACUAUGGGCGAGGAGCUAGUCCCGUUGCUGCAUACAGAAAAGAAAGGACCAGUCCUGAUUAUGGUCGAAGACGGAGCCCAAGCCCUUACAAGAGAUCAAGGCGCAGCAGUCCUGAGUAUGGUCGCGACCGCAGAGGCAAUGAGAGCCCUAGGAGAAGGGAGAGGGCCGCAAGCCCAAAGUACAAUCGCAGUCCCAACAUCAAGAGAGAUAGGAUGAGCCCUGAUCACAGCCCGAUCAAGAAGGAGAGUCCGAGAAAUGGAGGCGGUGAAGUUGAUAGUCCGAUUGAAAGGAGGGAGAGAUCUAGGUCUAGCCCUGAGAAUGGCCAAGUCGAAAGCCCUGGCUCCAUAGGGAGAAGAGACAGCGAUGGUGGCUACGACGGUGCAGAAAGCCCGAUGCAGAAGAGCCGUUCUCGUUCGCCUCCAGCCGAUGAGUGAUGAAAGUGGAUCCACCAUCUCUAUCAAAGUAGUAGGAUGUUGUAACUUGUUUGUAGUCAAAACUCCGUGUCGUCGUGUUUAGUUUCCUUUGGCUUUGAAUGCUUUUCUGAUGAUACAAUCGAAUUCCAUCUCUUUUUAUUUUUCGGAUUGAGAAUAUUUUAUCUGUGUGCUUAAAACGUGCCAUGAGAUUUCGUUUCUUCUGUCGUCAGUUUUAAUCGGGUAAGUUAUAUCUAUAUUAUAUAUACGAGUACC